AUGUCGUACCGCAGGCGCGACAAAGAAGCUGAAAGCUUUGCAUACAACGGGAGUGGAGAGAAAAAUGUACCGUUAAGGCCCAAGAUGGAUCAAAAGAGACAAGGCUGGCCUAAAGUGUACUGGCGGCACUUGGCGUCGCUGCUUUGUCUAUGGAUCUGCCUGGUGCAGUACUAUGAGGUUACGUUUGUCAAACGUGCUAUCAACCGGUGUAAAUGGUCCAACUGGGAGCACUGGCCUAAGACUGCAGAUCCUCAUCAUAUGGCAGUCUUAGCAGACCCUCAGAUUAUGGACGCUCAUUCAUACCCAGGAAGGCCGUGGAUCGUCAACUUCUUUACGCAGAACGUCUUAGACAACUACCACGCUCGCAAUUGGAAGCAAAUACACCACACUUUAGAUCCGGACUCUACCUUUUUCUUGGGAGAUCUAUUUGAUGGCGGAAGACGUUGGAACGAUUCUGCCUGGAUUUCGGAAUACGUUCGUUUCAACAGUAUAUUCCCCAAAAAACCGAACCGGCUAACUGUUAUGUCCCUUCCUGGAAACCACGAUAUUGGGUUUGGGGACACGGUCGUUGAGGAAAGCCUUUCGAGAUUUAAAUCUUUUUUUGGAGAUCCUUCAUCGAAGUGGGAAGUGGGAAAUCAUACAAUCGUACUUUUGGAUACUAUAUCUUUAUCAGACUCUAAGAGCGAACGCGUUUCCUCUGUCCCUCGUGAUUUUUUAAACCGAUUCGCAGAGUCUCCCAAAUCCAACCCUAGAAUACUAUUCACCCAUGUUCCACUUUGGCGGGACCCAGUCUCCCAAACUUGUGGUCCCGACAGAGAGUCCAAAAAGCCAUUUCCAAUGGAGCAAGGUCUACAAUAUCAAACAGUGAUUGAUGUAGAUAUUAGUCAAGAAGUGCUUACAAAAAUAGAACCAUCUCUCGUUCUGUCUGGUGAUGACCACGAUUUUUGUCGUGUCAAUCACAAGUAUCACUCAAAAAGGGGGCAAGAAACAGCGGAAGAGGUAACCGUAAAGUCGUGCGCAAUGAAUAUGGGAAUAUCAAGACCAGCUAUACAAUUAUUAUCGCUAUACAACCCACAAGAUUCACUCGCGUCUGAAGAGACUUACCACACGAACAUUUGUUAUUUGCCUAACCCAUACAAAGCUUUGAAAAUGUACAUUUGUACCUAUGUGGGUACCAUCCUGUUCCUGGUUUGGGUUCACUUCUUCCCGAAGUCAUUCAACAAAAUUUUUACUUCCAUCGUGGACAGAAAAACGAGAGAGGUCAUUAACGUGCUGCCGAUCGCUACCAAGAAGCUUGAUGUUCGUGCCUCUCGCGACGAGAUGAAUGAACUUUUUGCUGGUGAUGGAAGCACAAAAUUCAAGCAAUUUGUAAUGAAUGCUAGUGUUAUGACUUCAAUGAUAUUCCUGAUUUUUACCUUUUAUUAUAAACAAGCGUAA